UUCCCAUCUUCGAUGUCGAGGGGGUCCUGGGUAAAAAGGCAGCCCUGCCUUGCGAUAUCACCGCAAGAGACAAAGACGAUGCUGUCUACAUGGUUCUCUGGUUCAAGGACUCCGCCGGAGAGCCUCUGUACAGUUUUGACGUCCGCGGGCGCCUGUACGGUCAGGCAAAGCUUUGGUCUUCCCCAACCGCCUUCGGCGAGCGAGCAUUCUUCAGGACAGCCACAGAGGUUGCAGAGCUAAGAGUGGACGACCUCAAGCUCUCUGACGAAGGGAUGUACAGGUGCAGGGUGGAUUUCAGAAAUUCUCCUACAAGAAACUCGAAAAUCAACCUCACGGUUAUAGUUCCCCCGGACGUCCCCGUGAUAUAUGAUGGGAAGAGGAGGGACAAGACGAAGUUCCUCGAACCUUACAACGAGGGUACCGAUGUCAACCUUGUUUGUGAAGUCUCAUCUGGCCGACCCCGACCAAGGGUAACGUGGUACUUGGAGAACGCCAUGAUCGACGACUCCUAUGAGCAAAGAGCAGAUGGGCUCACAGUGAAUCACCUUUCGUUCCCGAGAGUGAGCCGAGAGCAUCUCAGCGCCAGGCUGGUUUGCCAAGCCUCAAAUACCAAUCUCGUUCCACCUUCUACCAAAUAUGUCACUCUUGACUUGAAUCUGAAACCUAUCUCCGUAGAAAUCCUGAAAAAAGAAAGACACAUAUCAGCUGACAAGAGGUACGAGAUCAAAUGCAAGGCGACCGGGUCUCGCCCGGUAGCUGUCAUUACUUGGUGGAAGGGGAGCAGGCAGAUUAAGAGGAUAGCAAAAACUUUGGAAGAAGAGGGAAAUCAGAGCGUGAGCUUUCUCAGUUUCGUACCGGUCAUCGAUGACGAUGGCAAGUACCUCACGUGUCGGGCAGAGAACCCUUGGAUCCCGGAUUCUGCCUUGGAGGACAAGUGGAAGCUCAACGUUCAUUAUAUGCCAGUGGUAACCCUGAAGAUGGGAUCAAGCUUAAACCCGGAUGAUAUAAAGGAAGGAGACGACGUCUAUUUCGAAUGCAACAUUCGUGCCAACCCUAAAACCUACAAAUUAGCAUGGUUCCACAACGGUGAAGAGAUACAUCAUAAUAUAAGCGGCGGGGUGAUACGUAGUGACCACAGCUUGGUUCUUCAAGGCGUUACGCGCGCUACAGCCGGGGAGUACACUUGCUUGGCUGCCAACAGUGAAGGAAAGGGAAGCAGCAAUCCAGUCCUACUCAGGGUCAUGUACGUGCCGACUUGCAAAGAAGAUAAGGAGGAGCUAUACGGUGCCCUGAAGCAGGAGACGGUGGCACUCAAGUGCCAGGUGGAUGCCAACCCCCCUCUGGUCACCUUCAAGUGGACCUUCAACAACAGCGGGGAGCAGGCAGAAGUCCCCCCGGCCCGCUACACCGCCUCAGGGACCGUGUCCACCCUCAACUACACCCCGGUCUCAGAGAUGGAUUAUGGAACGCUCUCUUGCUGGGGGACCAAUGCUGUAGGGCUUCAGAAGACUCCUUGCGUUUACCAAGUCGUCGCAGCUGGACGACCAUUCCCAUUGAUCAACUGCUCCAUCACGAACCAAACUCUGGAGUCUCUUCAGGUGGAGUGCGUCGAGGGUUUCGACGGCGGUCUUCCCCAAUGGUUCACCAUGGAGCUCCUUCAGCUACCCGCCCUCACUCCAAGGUUUAACGUCACCUCUACCAAACCAUCCUUCAGCUUGACCGGAGUAGAAACCGGCACUUCCUACCAAGUUCUCCUUUACUCCGUCAACAGCAAGGGAAGAUCGGAGCCUCUGAUCCUGGAAACGGUAUCUUUCAAAGGUGUUGCUAAGUACACAGGUCCCCUGGGCAGGCUGCCAGUACAGCCGGUGGUGUUGGUGCUCCUCGGAGGUGCUGCAGUUCUUCUUGUUAGCACUUGUGGGAUCGGUUGGGCACUCCAUCGCCGCAGGUCUGGCCCACCCUCAGCCAAGCAACCCGACCAGCAACCCAGGCCCCUAUCUCCUCCAGCAAGGUCACCACAAGACGAGACAGAUCCGGAUCUCAUACCCAACAAGUACGAUUUUGUCGAGAGAAGACCAUUGAAAAGCUUCAUGAAGAUCUACAAAACUCCUCCGGAAAAGCGGAAGAGAAAGGAGGGAGAUGGGGAGGAGGAGGUGGAAAAGCUUCGCACCAGUGAGGACAUGAUGGAGGACCUACACCACUACAACCACAAUAAUGUUCAAGGACCGAUCCGCAACCCUGGUAUAAUUUCUGACACUCUCAUUGUGAAAUCCCAUAACCAAAAACUUGGACCCGAAGUAGUUACAGCUAACCAUAGGAUACAAGAAAGUUGUAUAUAAGUUAGACCUUUUGUAUCAUUCUGUAUAUAUUAAAUAUAAUUGUAAGUUCUUGUGAACUUAUCGUGUUAAGUUAUGCCUUCUGUUGUGUCCCAGGCGUCCACCUGUUCUCAAUCAUUAAGAUUUUUUCAGAAUGUUCUUGGGAAAUAUUUAAAACCAUUAUGACAUAUAGUUACUUAAAGUAUCAUACCUUUAUACUCUGUUAAUAUAUAUAUUUGUUCUCAAAAACUGACUGUUUGUGUUUAGAAUACCCUGUCUUUCUUGAGAGUUGUUAUAUCAAUAUUUGUUGUGUAUGUUGUAAAUAAAAUGUUAACCUUUGCAUGCUCUGUUGAUGUAAACAUAACAUGGACUUUUUAAUUGUACCAUUCAUUCCACAUUAUGUUUAAACAUCCCCGAAUGUUCUAAAGUUCCGAAGUGAAAACACAUAUAUAAGAUUCGUCAGGAAGUAUGUGAAUUUUAUAUAAAUUAAAUAACGCAUUGACGAGGGAUAAAAAAACUUUUGAGAGACCAAUAUCACUUUUUUUUUUUUUAACUAAAUGCAUACUAACAAAUUACUAUUUAGUUGUUUUACAUAAAAUGUCGAUUUUUAGGAGACAUCGUCAAUGAAAUAAUGGAAUAAUCUAAUGAUAUCAUUUACGAUGCUACUUAGAUUUAUUUUUAAUCAUAAUUUAUUUUAAUCCCUGGUCCUAACUUCGGAAUCUGUAAGAAACGAAAACGGAAAGAAUUUCGGAUUAUAAGGCUAAUUGGAGCGUCCAAUACGGUCCAAGGAAUUGAGAAGAGGUAAUCGUUUGCUGAUUGGUUCAGUGAGUACUAAAAUAAUUUAUGUUUUUUGAAUUUGAUUAACUAAUUGUUAAUUACUUAUUAAAAAUCCAUAAAUAAAUUACUGGGCAUAAUGUAAUUAUUGUACCUAUAUUUUGUUAAUUUAUCUCCUAAAAACUGACAUUUAAUUUCAUACAACCAGACAAAUCUUCUAUACCUAGCAAUUUAAACCUAUGGUUUCUUUUACUAUACAAUAUCCAAUAAGGAAUAAUGAAGAAUAUAAUAAUAUAACAUAAAAUAUCUAAUGGACCCAAAAAAUUAUUAUUUUAUUAAUUCAUUUUUUUAAACACACAUCAAGUAAUAUAAAAUUUUUAAAAAAUCGUUUUCUUACAUGAUUUAUGUAUAAAUAAUUCAUUUUUUUAAAUAAAAAAUUAAAAAAUGUAAAUAAAAUAUUUCAACAUAUGUAAUUUGUUAGUAUACGAUGUGAUUGAUCAUAUGAAAGGAAAGGUCAAUUGUUAUGUCCGUAUCAUCAUACCUUUCAAAUUUUGACUUCCUAAAUAUAAAGUUUGAUAUUGUUUUUAUUUUUUAUUUUUAAAUACAUUAGAGAAAUCCACUAAGUUUGAUUGUGUAUAUUCGC